AUGCGUUCUCUUACUGAGGAGGAAACCAAGACUCUUUUUACUAAGAUCGCCAAUUACACUGGCUCUUCUCUGUCACAGCUUGUCGCUCCUACUGCUACCGAUGGCGCCAGUGGAGAGGUAGACCGUAUGGUCUUCCGCAUACAGAAAGACCGAGUCUUCUACAUGCCUUUAAAACUCGCCAAUUUGGCUGUCUCUAUCCCCCGCGCUAGCUUGCUGAGUGUCGGAACAAUGAUUGGCAAAUUCACCAAGACUGGCAAGUUCCGUCUCGCCCUCACCAGCCUCGACAUUAUCGCUCCCCACGCCCGUUACCGUCUUUGGAUUAAGCCUAAUGGCGAGAGUGCGUAUCAUACCAACCAAAUCGUGAACGUUUUCGUGUUAAUCAAUGACUGUUUCACAGUGCCCUUCCUUUACGGUUCUAACGUCGUUCGCGCUCACAUUGCUCGUUGGAGUGAGGAUGCACCGGAGCAUUCUGGCUGUAUAGUAUAUUCUAUGGAUGAUACCCCUCUGGGCUUCGGAGUGACUGCUCGUUCCACCGCUGAGAUUCGCAAACUUGAUCCCACUGCCAUUGCUCUCUUCCGGCAAGCAGAUGUCGGAGAAUACCUGAGAGAGGAGGAUACCCUUUUCACCACCUAA